CCUUUUCUCCAGAACCUUCAUAGCCUGGACCGUGUUGAACUCGUCAUGAGACAGAAGGUGAGUCGAAGAUCUAUAUAUGGCUCGUUUGAGACGCGUCCAGAGCGCCAGAGGGCAUCUUCCCAAUCCCCUACAGCCGCUGUCACUCUUUUCGUACACCAAAUCUGCUUCAUAGGUACAGACCAACACCAGAGGGAAUCAUGAAAGUUAUCAUUAUUGGGAGUGGACUGGCAGGGCCGGCAAUGGCCCUUGCACUCAAGCGACACGACAUUUCCUGCAAAGUCUUCGACCUCCGCGACGAGACCGCGUUUGACGGCGGCUUCGUGGCGCUGGCGCCCAAUGCGCUCCGCGCCCUGGACCGAAUCGGCGUCUACGACCGCAUCCGGGCCCAGGGCUGGAACUACGAGGAGUUCCGAUUCCUCUCGUCCCGGAACCUGAGUCGCAUCGCCACGGUGCUGAACGGCAGCGAGGCCAGAUACGGAUACAAGGCGCUGCGCGUGUCUCGGGGCAUCGUCCGGCAGACGCUGGUGGACGUGCUUCGCGAGCGGGACAUCGAGCUGCACCUCAACGCCAAAUGCGUGCAGAUUCAGGAAACCGACCAUUCCACGGUCAUCGCGACCUUUGCGGACGGGCGCACUGAAGAGGCCGACUUCUUGAUCGGCGCCGACGGCAUCCAUUCCCGCGUCCGCAAACACCUCGACCCCGAUGCCGUUCCCACCUUCAGCGGCCAACUCGGCGUCGGCGGGUCCCUCGCCCGGUCCAAGCUGCUCCAGCCCGGGCAGGAAAUGUACAUGCCGUGCUUGAUCCUGGGGAAGUUGAACUCGUUCAUGUUCAUGCCCUGCACGUACACGGGGGACCGCGUCAGCUGCUUCGCGACGGUCGAGGCCCAGGAUCGGAGCCGCGAGGAAUGGGCCCAGCUCCAAAAGGACGAGGCGGCCCUGUACAAGAUGUUGCAGUCGCACCAUGAGAACGAGACGUGGCCCGACAUUGUCCGCGUCGCCUCGCAGGGGGUCGACAUGUCCUCGCUGUCCCUAUGGCCCUAUUACAAAGUCCCCGAGUUGAGCUCCUGGUCAAGCAGCUCGAGCAGGGUGAUUGUCAUCGGCGACGCGGCGCACGCCAUGCCUCCCACUGGCGGGCAAGGCGCGGCGAUGGCGUUUGAGGACGCUCUUACUCUGGCCGACACCCUUGCCCUGCUGGACAAAAAGGAGUCCGCCCGUCAUCAAGACCUGCUCGCACAGUGGCAAACAACGAGGAGAGACCGCGUGAAGAAGAUCCUCGCCUUCACCUCCAAGGGCGGCGACAUGCGAAAAUCGUCGGCCAGCACGUUCCAGCAAAUCGUCAAGGAGUGGGUCAUGUGGGCAUACUUCCUGUUCAUCGGGGAGGACGCCGGUCUGUCGUGGAUCUAUGAAUACGACACGGAAAAGUUCCUGGCUACUCAUUGAGUGGUGCUUUCUUUCUUUGCUGGCAUCUAGGGGAUCUGGAAAAUGUUCAUACCACGUCCACGGCAGUAGGGCUACACGAUGUGGUUCUGGUGAUGUACUAUGUUAUAACAGUUGGUGGCUGUCUGAGUCGCACAUUAUGUAUCAAUACUUCGUCCCGAGCAUUCCAGAAAUGACAAAACUCGAACCACU